GCCCCCCGCGCUCCCCGCCCCUGCGCGGGCUCCGGCUCCGGCUCUGGCUCCGGCUCCGGCUCGGGCUCCGCGCAAGGGGCGGGAGCUGGGCGCCCCCCGGUGCCGCGCGGGCCGGGCGCAGCGCUGCGCUCGCCGGCGGCAUGGAGUGAGCGCGCUGCGGGCUCCGGCGCGGCCCGGCCAUGGAGUUGCGGCGCUCCCUGUCCGCCAGCGCCGAGGCGGAGAAGCCGAUGCGGCGCUACGGCGCGGUGGAGGAGACGGCGUGGCCGGCGGAGCGGCUGGGCAGGAAUCAACUCGACAUCAUUUCAAUGGCUGAAACAACAAUGAUGCCUGAGGAAAUUGAGCUAGAGAUGGCAAAGAUCCAGAGACUUCGGGAAGUCUUAGUCAGAAGAGAAUCAGAACUCAGGUUUAUGAUGGAUGACAUCCAGCUGUGCAAAGACAUUAUGAACCUUAAGAAAGAGCUGCAGAGUUUGGUAGCUAUCCCAGAAAAAGAAAAAACAAAGAUGGAAAAACAAAGAGAGGAUGAACUGAUUCAGAAAAUCCAUAAACUGGUACAAAAAAGAGAUUUUCUUGUAGAUGAUGCAGAGGUGGAGAGAUUACGAGAGAAAGAAGAAGACAAGGAGAUGGCUGAAUUCCUUCGAACCAAGUUAAAACCCUUAGACAAAGCAACACGAUCUCCUACCAGUACCCCAGCAGAAAAGAAGGCAGAACCCCCUCCGAGCAAGCCCACCAUUGCCAAGGCAGGAUUGGCUAUUAUUAAAGAUUGCUGUGGGGCCACACAAUGCAGCAUCAUGUAGCUCUGGGCUCUCUACCAUGUCUGUCGUCUUUUCAGAUGUUUUCAUUGAAUGAAACUGUAGGGUGAGGGGAUUUAACAGCAUCCUGAUAACUGAAACGAGCAACUGUGAUACAACGUAGUACAUGGACUGUAUGAUGGCAGGUUCUUCACUGUUGCAUGGAUCACUCAAUGCGCAUGCCUAAAAAAGAAACCUAUAUAGUGGCUAUCCAGUGACCAGAAAAAGAUCUGUAAUAGAGAUCACAAAGAACACCCAGUGAUAAAAGUGAGUGAGAAAAGGGCACAUUUCACCAAGUAAGAUGUAAAACAACAAUUUUAAAAGGUCAUCACUUUGUAAGAAUUUGUUAUACACUUUUUCCCCUUGGCAAAGAGCACUCAGACAUUUGCUGGAAUAUCCCAUUUUGGCUACUUUUCAAAACAAGAGCCACAGGUAGUGAUGCUGUAUAUAAUGCAACCAACAGAUGAAGCAAAUUUAGAGUAACUGAUGUUGCAUACAAAAUAUUUAUCAAACUAGUGUGAUGUUCAACUACUUCACUGUAGAGUUUCACUUCCAAUCUUCCUAAAGAAGGAAUAACAGUGACAAGGAUGCUGCAAGCGGAUAUAGCUUUUAUGUCCCAUAGGACUUCUGAAUUACCCAAUUCAAGUAAAUAUUGCUUGCACUAGGGAAAAAUAAGUCUCUGGUAAAGCUUUAGCAAGCACAGCUACAGUAAUCUGCAAAUAUGUGAUGCACUCCAGAGCUACAUCAUAUAUUUCUCUUGUAGAUUUCCACCUCACAUGCAGUCAGAGGUAAACACCCAGAAAGUGUUGUCAGCUAUUAAAACAACACUUACACGCUGUGAGAGACUAUCACUGGUAGGUUGCUGGAAGAAGGGAAGAAAACAUGGACACAGAAACAACAGUUAAACUGUAGCACUUAGAACAACUAUCAAUCACAUAUUUAUUGACUGUGAGAAAUAUAAGCUAUCAAGCAUAGGAAGACACUAGCCACCCAAAUUGACCACAAGACAAGUAUAAUAAAUACGAAAGUAGAUAUCUGUGGUAGGAAAAAGGUCACCAUCUACACGAAGUGGGUUUAAAACUAAGGGAAACACAGUUACCUGUGUUUCACCAUUUAACACAUUUCUGGUCUCUGUGCAGAUUAAGUCUUGUCAAAUCCAGUAUCUUUAUAUUAGCUGUCAGUAAGUGGUAUGUCUAUGUGAUGGUAUUCCAUAUAAAUGUGUUGUGAUGGGUGUAAAGAGUAAAUAAAUGAACAUGAUCUAAUGCAAAAACAAUCUCAGGCUUAGAAAUAAACAGAUAGCAAGAAGUUCCUAAAAAAAGUUUUCCAGGAGGAACUUCAAUUUUCUGAAAGCAGCUAAGUGAAAUGUGCACUUACAUAUAAAGAAACCACAGUUAUUGGGGGCAGGGGAAAGGAGGGGAUAUCAAUAUAAACACCAGAGUUACCCAAAAAGGAUAAACAGUAAUCAUUUUAAGAGUACCCUUGUUAAGGUUCAAGGAGAUAGACAUCUCAAAUAAGUCAGAGUAUUCUUGUACAAAAUACAAAUCCAUAGCACUGGACUGAUCUAGUGAAGAGCAUUUUCACCUCCAGAACCAUUUGUUUCAGUAUUGUACACACUUGAGAAAGGACCUGUCACUGCAAGUUCCUUAGGGCUCCAGGAUCAAGGAGGGGAAUAUAUGAAGUUUUCCAUCAAGACAUGAAGCACUUUGAGUACUUUGACCAAAGAUGCAGGAAAAAGGACAAAAUAUAUAUCCAAAGGUGGGACAGACAUACACAGCUAUGGCAUCCUUGCUGAGGUAGAACUUCACUUUUAGUUCUGUAGCUGUUACCAUCUGCUGUAUCUGGUACGGGUUGGACAGCAUGUAGCACCUAUGUAUAUUAACAGGGUUAUAAGGAAAACUGCAAAGCUUUUAAGGGAGAAUGCAAACUAGAGGGGAGGAAGUGCCCACUGGCUUCUGGACAAUUCAACAGCCUCUUGAAUUUGCUGGUACCCAGUUAGGACAUCAAGAAUUAUUAGUAUUUUAAGAUAAGAUGCAGAUAGUAGAUGUCAUUAACAAAAGGCAAAGUGAAACAGCAGUUAGGAAACAAACCUGUUGUGAAACAUCAAACUUAAGCCUCAGGAGGAUCAGCUAUUAUGACCAAGUAGUGAGUGCCUGUAAAUAAGGAAAGGUCUAAAGUCUCUUGGGAAGAAAAGAGAAAUCAGUGGAGUUUCACCAGUAGAACGUAGGCUGGGAUGAAAAGUUUCACUAACAGAAGACAGAGGUAGACAUUUCUGGGAUUCAGCACUCACGACUAGGCUACACAGAGUCCCCUUCUUUAAUCAAAUGGAAAAGAAAAAGCACAGCAAGUAUGAAUAUGUAACAUUCGUAUAUAGGUAGCACUGGCAGCCAGUGCCCCAAAGGGAAUCAAUCUACAGCAAUAUUAAUCAAAGUGAUCUCUGUAUUCAGAACCUCUAGCCUCACUGAGCUGAAAGGGUGGGGUUUUUGUGUUUUGUUUUGUUGUUAAUUAGCAAACUCUCCAAUUUAUUUGGGCAGGUUUAAGCGACUUGCCUAAAAGGAACCAGUGGUUCCUUCUGAAGUGGAAUCAGUGAUGCUGCUGAGCCAUAAAGCCCAGGAUUUGUUAGACUGAGGUCAGAUUCUCAGCUGUGUUCAAUGCUGGCUUAACUUUGUCCAUUCAGAACACAGCAGGGCCCUCAUGUUUUACUCCAAAAAUAAUAGCUGUAAUUAGUGAAACUUAUAAAGAAAUUGUGUGGAAAUCUUAGUCCUUUUCUUUGAAAACCCAGCUAAAAUAUUGAGUAUUCCCAAAUACAAUGAGGGACUUGAAAUUCUCUGAUCCUAUGAACAUCAGUAAGUGAUCUGGAGGUAAAACCCUACCAAGAGAGCACAGUAUACAACUCCCAUUUCAGAAACUGAUAAAGUCAGCAGAAAAAUCUCAGCCAAGUAUUUAGGUGGUUAUAUUGAACAACUGGCAUCAUCUCAGUAGACCUGAUUUUCAGAUGUCUGUUACUGUCUGCAAAGAGGGACACUGGUCAACUGAAGCACCCAAAAUUGCUUCUGGAAGUCCUGGCUGUUAAUCACUGUCUGAAUCAAGCCAGAAGGCAAGGCAGCAGAAAAAGAAGGAAUUUUAAGGUGGAUUUGACAAACUGUUUUCUCUAUGAAGUGACUGGGACAGGUACACAUGGCUAUAUUCUGUCAAGGAUCUUGGUCUCCACAGAAAAAACAGUGCUGAUCUGCUAUUUGUACUGAUUGCUCUCAUUCUACCAGCACAUAGCUCUAACUGUACCUUCCUCUAAGCCUACCGAAUCUCUUCAGCAAAGUAAAGUUCAACAUAUUCCCAAAUAAAUUAAGCUGCUGUGUUAUACUA